UUUAUUACAAGUACUAAGCCUAGCCUAGACCGUAGGGCUUGCUAUAAAAGGAGAGACCUAGGCGACCUAGGCACAGUCCUACAAGGAGCCUACACAUACCAAGAUACUCUCAAAUCAUCGAAUUCCCGGCAAAAUGUUUAAAGUGGUGAUCUUCCUCGCGAUGUUGGCGUUCGCCUACGGAGGGGUCAUAGCCCCCGUGGUCCCUGUAGCCCAUGUGGCCCACCCCGUUGUGGCCCACCCUGUGGCUGUGUCCCACACCAGCUCCGUGGUCCACCAUCCCGUGAGGUUGGUCCAUGCGGCGCCCGUGGUCCACGCCCCAUUGGUCCAUGCCCCCGUGGUCCCAGUGGUCCGCCACGCGCCCAUCAUUGCGGUCCAUCAUUGACCGGAUCUUGAAACGUCAUCGUUGAAAACGCCUCUGUAGUUGUUUAUGUGUAGUAAAUGGUAUUUAAACUUGCCUUGUGUUUGAAAAUCGAAUCUAAUGCUUAAUAUUGUGAAAAUUUAAAGUUGAUGUGUCCUCAAA